UGGUGCGCUGAAUCUGAGCCACAGAGCCUGGCGGCUGCCGCCGCCUUCCUGUGGGUCCUGCUGGCGGUGCCGCGGGUAAGGCAGAGGCUAGGGGCCUUCUGUGUCCCUUUCUUUGGAGCGUGCCUGCAGCCACAGGUCUUCAUCGAGCCCCGGCCAUCUCCGACGGUGUGAGAAGUAGACCUAAUUCAAGCUCCUUUGACGUCGUCCGGUGGCGGCUCGGGCCCCCAGCCAGCCCAAGGGUGUGGAGAGGAUGCCCAAACUUCAGGGUUUUGAGUUUUGGAGCCGCACCCUGGGGGGUGCCCGACAUGUGGUGGCACCCAUGGUGGACCAAAGUGAGCUAGCUUGGAGACUGCUGAGCCGCCGCCAUGGAGCCCAGCUAUGCUACACCCCUAUGCUACAUGCCCAGGUCUUCGUUAGAGAUGCUAACUAUCGGAAAGAGAACUUAUACUGUGACGUGUGCCCUGAGGAUAGGCCUCUCAUUGUGCAGUUCUGUGCCAAUGACCCAGAGGUGUUUGUCCAGGCAGCUCUGCUAGCGCAAGAUUACUGUGAUGCCAUUGACCUCAACUUGGGCUGCCCACAGAUGAUAGCCAAGAGAGGUCACUAUGGUGCUUUUCUUCAGGAGGAGUGGGAUCUUCUUCAAAGAAUGAUUCUGCUGGCUCAUGAGCGACUCUCUGUUCCUGUCACAUGCAAAAUCCGUGUCUUCCCAGAGAUUGACAAGACAGUGAGGUACGCCCAGAUGCUGGAGAAGGCUGGCUGUCAGCUGCUGACUGUGCAUGGGCGCACCAAGGAGCAGAAGGGGCCCAUGGCAGGAACAGCCUCCUGGGAGCACAUCAAGGCAGUUCGGGUCAGGCUUCUCUUCCCCCGCCACAGGAAGGCUGUGGGGAUCCCUGUGUUUGCCAAUGGGAACAUCCGGUGCCUGCAGGAUGUGGAGCGGUGCCUCCAGGACACAGGCGUGCAGGGGGUCAUGAGUGCAGAGGGGAACCUGCACAACCCUGCCCUCUUUGAGGGCCGAAGCCCUGCGGUGUGGGAGCUGGCCGAUGAGUACCUGGACAUUGUGCGGCAGCACCCUUGCCCACUGUCCUAUGUCCGGGCCCAUCUCUUCAAGCUGUGGCACCACACGCUACAGGUACAUCAGCAGCUUCGAGAGGAGCUGGCCAAGGUGAAGACCCUGGAAGGUGUGGCUGCGGUGAGCCAGGCGCUAAAGCUUCGGUGUCAGGAGGACAUGUCCAGGCAGCAAGAAGGAGUGAGGCCAGCUGACAACUUACCUGCUUUCCAUUGGAUAUGCCAGCCCUACAUCCGGCCAGGACCUAGGGAAGGGAGCAAGGAGAACAGUGGUAGUCGAAGCAAGCGGGCUCUGGAGGAAGAAGAGGGCAGCAUGGAGGGCUUGUCCAAGAAUAAGCUUAAGAAACAACUGAGGAACCCUCACAAAACCUUUGACCCUUCCCUGAAACCCAAAUAUGCAAAGUGUGACCAAUGUGGGAAUCCAAAGGGCAAUAGGUGUGUGUUUAAUCUGUGCCGUGGUUGCUGCAAGAAGCGAGCUUUCAGAGAGACAGCAGAUUGCCCAGGUCAUGGAUUGCUUUUUAAGACCAAAUUAGAGAAGUCUCUGGCCUGGAAAGGGAUCCAGCCUGGACUGCAGGAAGCUCAGCAGGUGAGGCCUGUAACACCAAGUGGUUUCUCUGAAGUCAUGGGUAGUGCCCUAGCCUGAACGCCAGCAAGAGCCAUCUCUACCCCUGGACAGCCACUGAAGCCUGGACACUCUUAAGGAAAUGCCUUUACUCAGGGAAUCUCCUCUUUGACACAGAACAUGUUGAUGUCUGCAGGUGGGGGCCUGGCAAUGUUGCACCAAGGGUAGCCUUGGUUGGACUUGCCCUGUUCCCACACUUGUGUUUCCAGCACUGAACAAUAAACCAUUUCAGACAUCUAGAA